AAAGGGCACAACACUGUCAUUUUGGGCUCAUAAACCCUUGAAAACCCCUCUUCUCUCUCUCUCUCUCUCUCGGAGACUUGAGCUGAAAACAGAUGGGGAGGCUCAAAAAUAGGAUUGAUUAUGAAAAUCUUAGAAAUGCUCGCAUCUUGGAGAACCAGGCUAGAUUGUCCUCUCUGGGGCUACAAAAAACUCUAUCUGAACUUCGAUCCCUAACUUCGUCGGCGAAAGCAGAGAAGGGAAGGACCCAGAAGAGAAAACAUGCUAAAAAAGUUUAUGAGAUAGCAGAUUUACGUCGCUCUGAUCGAUUGAAGCAUAUUGCCACUGACUCAUUAUCAGCCCUCAAGUCUCUCCCUUUGAGGCGUUCUUAUCGCCUGAGAGCAAACUCCGACGAACCCACUUCACCGAAUAAAGUAAUAGUAGUUAAAGGAAAUACUGAUUAUGAGAGUGAAGAAGAGAGUUCAGAUAGAGAGAAAAGGCCUGCAAAUGCUCCAUUUUUGAAUAUAAAGGGUGUGAAGCUUCCUUCUCUUUCACCUGAGGCUUCAGCUCGGCGCUGCCACAGCAAGGGCAGAGGCUCCAUCUAUGAUCCUUUUUUUGGGAUUUGCUGCCAUUUCUGCAGGCAAAAGAAAUUGUGUGGUGAAGAAGAUUGCAAGCGCUGUGGUAAUCUUGAUCCGGAUGAACAAUGCAUAGGAAAAACAGACUGUUCAGUGUGCCAUUCCACAAAUGGUGUAUUCUGUCGAGCUUGUCUCAAAGUUAGAUAUGGUGAAGAAAUGGAGGAGGUAAGAGAGAACAAAGCAUGGAUGUGCCCUCAUUGCAUAGAAGAAAAAGGAAUAAAACCUUUCUGGAUAUGUAACAGUUCACUAUGCUUAAAGAAGCGAAAGAUGGGACCAACUGGGCUUGCAAUAUACAGAGCUAGAGAAAUGGGAUAUGAAUCAGUAGCACAUCUGCUAAUGGAUGAGCUUAAACGAAGAAACAAUCUAAAAUCCCUGCAAGGAUGAUCUUCUUCCUCUUCAAGAAUCAAGAUCAAAUUUAGCAGAAGAUGGGAAUUAUUUUGGUGACGAUGUUAUGAACUAACAGUGACAUGGGCAAUAAUAUUUCUAAAUUGACGGAUGUAUAUAUCAAUGUGCAGGAUCUUAUUUGGUUCUGUGCAUGGACGUGUAUUUACUCCAACUACGUAAGACUGAAUUGAAUUUGACAUUAUGAUAUUUUCUUAAAAAGUUAAAAAGAGGUUUACUAUUCAGCUACGGUAUCAUUAUUGGUAU